AAAAUCCCUUUUAGUUCAUGGUUUGAAAUGACAAAGUCCGGAUGUGACAUGAAAACUCAGUUUUGGCUCUCUUCGUCUCUCACUCCCCGUCCCAGCAAAUCGCAAUCCAGCCAACAGCUGCGCCAUUUCUUUGCGGAGUGCGCUGUCAGUGCCUCCGUGUCACACGCCCUCCAUCGCCGGCAGCCAGAAUACCAGGCUGUUGCUGUGAAUAACUUGGGGAAGUGGAAAACAGCUACACAGAUGGCAGCCUUAACCAUUCUACUCGCAAACAGAGACAGCAGUCUCGUUGAUGCUGGAGCUCUAGUGGGCUCUGGUGUAGCUUUGCUAUAUAUUUCAGCAUGGCUCGCAGUUUGGUCUCUGUUCGUGUAUAUGAGAAAGAUAUGGAAAGUACUGCUGGUAUAGGGAACAUCUCUGAUUUGAGCUGCAUCUUGGUUCAAACUUCCAACAGUCACCGGACUCAGCACAGUUCAUCAAAACCAUUGGACCACAAGUAUGGAAACUCAUACUCUCCCACUGCUUGUUGCUACAUCUGGUGAUUGCCCUUUGCUCAAGAUUGUAUUUUGCACAUAAUAAAGCUAAUAUCGAGUAGUAAGUUCAAAUUUUAGAGUAUUUUCCAAAAACAUUAACGCAACAUGUGAAUUUGAUUACUAUCAAGCUAGUAUCUAGUUCGAUCAGUAUCCUGAGCUGUAACGAUGAAUCUUCUAAACUGGAUAUUUAGUUUUUGCCUCUGAUUGGUGUUCUUGAUGAACCAUGAGUUUACUACUUGUGGAGUUGUGGCAUAAAUAAAAACUUGAAAGAAGAGAAAGAGCUAUGUUUGAACU